AUGAAUAUUGUCAAUAAGAUUAACUUGGUAAAAUCAGCAUAUCCACAUCUUUUUAAGAAUUUCCCUAAAACUGUUAAAAUAGUUGAAGUUAGUCCAAGAGAUGGUUUAUAAAAUGAAAAGUAAUUUGUUCCAACAGAAACCAAGAUAAAUUUGAUAAACAAACUAUCUGAAUCAGGACUCAAAGUAGUUGAGAGUACAUCAUUUGUUUCACCCAAGGCGAUACCUUAAAUGGCUGAUGCAGUUGAGGUUUUGAAAGGAAUAAAUAGAAUUGAAGGAGUCAGUUAUCCUGUUCUUGUCCCAAAUGUAAAAGGUAUGGAAACUGCAUUAAAAUGCAAUGUUGAGGAAAUCGCUGUUUUCGGGGCUGCAAGUGAGGCAUUUACUUAGAAAAAUAUCAAAUGCUCAAUCGAGGAAAGUUUGAAAAGAUUCUCAGAUGUCAUUUAAAUGGCAAAGGAAAAUCAAAUAAGAGUUAGAGGAUAUGUAUCUUGUGUUAUGGGAUGCCCCUAUGAGGGAGAAAUAGAUCCUCAGAAUGUUUAGCUAGUUGCUUAGAUUAUGAAAGAUAUGGGAUGCUAUGAGAUUUCAUUGGGAGAUACUAUUGGGAUUGGUACUCCAGGUAUAAAAUUUUUUUAAAUUAUUUUGCUUGCAGAAAAGACUGAGAUUUUGUUCAACACAGUCAAAUUAGAGAGAGGAAUGCUAGCUGCUCAUUUCCAUAAUACUUAUGACAGAGCUAUUCAGAAUUUAGUAGUCGCACUUGGAGUAAAUAUUAUAGUUUAAAUUUCUAUCUAGAAUGGAAUAUCUGUGAUUGACUCAAGUGUAGCAGGAAUAGGAGGAUGUCCUUAUGCUAAGGGAGCUUCAGGAAAUGUAGCAACUGAGGAUGUCCUAUUUUUAUUAGAUUUACUUGGAAUCGAGCAUGGAGUUGAUGUGCAUAAAUUAUGCUAAGUAGGAGAUUACAUUUCCAAAGAGUUAAAUAGAGAUAAUCUUGCUGGUGUUUCAUCUAAGGAUUUUGAAAAAAUUAUUUGA